CGACCCUUCCACAGAGCGUAUGUUCGUAUUUUACUCCGCUGACAACCUCUGCUGCUGCUCAAGAGGCCAUUACGGAAAGCCCCUCUCUGCCUUGGGAGCUCGAUCCCGAACCGCCCCUGAAAAAGCAACGAACCGGACCGGUUUUCUUGAAAGCCGGAAAAGAUGACGGAGGCCAUGAUCAGGAAGAAGCCCGGGAUGGUGAGCGUGAAGGAGAUGCCGGUUCUCCAAGACGGCCCCCCGCCCGGCGGUUUUCCUCCGGUCCGAUACGCUCGCCGCAUCCCAACGAAAGGCCCGAGCGCCGUUGCCAUCUUCCUUACCGCAUUCGGCGCCUUCUCAUGGGGCAUGUACCAGGUCGGCAAGGGGAACAAGAUCCGACGCGAGCUCAAAGAAGAGAAAUAUGCUGCUCGCAGAGCAAUACUCCCCAUGCUUCAAGCCGAAGAGGACGAACGAUUUGUAAAAGAGUGGAAAAAGGUUCUGGAAGAAGAGGCUAGAAUAAUGAAAGACGUGCCUGGCUGGAAAGUAGGUGAAAGUGUCUACCAUUCGGGAAGAUGGAUGCCCCCAGCAACUGGUGAGCUCCGACCCGAUGUCUGGUGAGAGUAUUUCAACCGCAUUAUUCUCCGGACAUGCUUUGUGGUUGCUAGACAUGUUUUCAGACUGUUGACAUUGUUGAGAGCUGAACUGUUCUCUCCAUGUGAUUUCCUGUGCAUCUUUUUGGUCUUCCCUUGUAUGGAAGGAAAGAUUCUCUGAAUAAUAAUCUCUUGUCAAGGAUUGUUUA